AUGAUGGAAGAAAUGGGCUUUACUGCCAACCACGGUACCACAUCAAGCUCCUCGACGCGCUUUGACCCGCCGGAUGACACGGGCCGCUCUAUAUCUUUCCACAAACCACAUCCCUACUUGUAUAUCGAGCCCGUCACUGUGCGUCUAUGGGGGGAGAAACUCAAAACAACCUAUGGCUGGAGCGAAGGACACUUCUUGUCGGUCGAUAAGCUUGCACACCGACGCCCGGCGAUUGAAAGCCGUACCCUACCGAGAACGCCCCAGCCUGACACAUCUUCGGCUAGUCUACCGACCGUGUCCCCUUCGGCUCCACCAGCAUGGCGUCCUCUAGCCGAUCCGCCAUACACUCAGCCUGUCGAGGACAGGUGCGAUCCGCCCACUGUGGCGGCUCUACAGUCAAGGAAGGCUUUGGCAGCUCCCAUAUCCGAAGUGACGGGGCCGUCCCGGUCUACCGCACCACUGCUAUUCGGACCAGAGCCCGAUGGUGUCGUUGAAGCGUUGAGCACAGUGGAACUUGAAGGCGUUACUGCACGCCCAACUGCAUCCAAAGGGCACGGGCAGGAGAGUGUAGCUUCCGCGAGUUCAUUGCCAUUGGACAUCCCGAACGUGACCGACCCGGUACCUGUCAAUGAGCACUGGGCCCGUGAGGAUAGGAUAGUAGCAUCUGUCGCCGAAGACGUACCCGAGGAUACCUCGCCCGCACCGGCGGGCUCAAGAAUGCGCACAGUGACGGAUAUGGUGCAUACGCCACAGACACCUAUCUCUGGCACGAUAGCAGAGUCUUCAAGGGCAUAUUUGGGGCAGCUCGCGGCGAAGGGACAGGGCAAAGUGAAGACAAGGAAAGUAGUCUCAGAGAUAAACCCGACGAAGACCGGUUUCAUGGAUCGCCUGCGGGGUGAUAAGGGAAAGAGCAAGGAGGUCGCGCAGGGAGUUGUAGCGGAGACAUUGAAGAUCCCCCGAGUCUUCGGUCAACUCGGUAGGAAGGCCGCGGACGCGAUGGGGCAGGUGCUGCAAACCAAGGAUGCAAUCCUUCGUCGGCCGAUGCGAUGGACGACGUUCUGCAAGACGAUGGCGAGCGUAGGCUUCAAGGUAGACCACACAACUGGCAGCUCGUCGGUUUGCUUCACGCCGGUGAACGGUGUCCUAAAGGGCCCGCCAGUCCACUUCCACAAACCGCACGGCCAUGGUACGGACGCCAUCGAGCCCGUCACGCUCGCUCACUGGGGUAGAAGGCUCAAGGAGACAUAUCCCGACCUAGCAGACGAGUUUCUAGUGCAGCACGAGACGGACGAUUGA